AUGAAGAAAUACAUCAGUCGCACUGAUCAGAACGGUGAGGCAUCACUCUUUGAGGUGAACAUCCGUUACGUUGGCGGGUUGCUGUCGGCGUACUAUUUGACAGGACAGGAGUUGUUCAAGAAUAAAGUACUGGAGCUGGGAGAGAAGCUGCUGCCUGCCUUCAACACGCCAACAGGAAUCCCCCGAGGAGUCAUCAACCUGGGGAGUGGCACCAGUUGGAGCUGGGGGUGGGCCUCAGCCGGGAGCAGCAUCCUGGCUGAGUUCGGGACCCUUCACUUGGAAUUUGUCCAUCUGACAGAGCUCUCUAACAAUCCCAUCUACACAGAGAAGGUGAUGAACAUCAGAAAACUACUGAACAAGAUUGAAAAACCCCAUGGCCUGUACCCUAACUUCCUCAGUCCAGUCAGCGGCAACUGGGUCCAACAUCAUGUUUCCAUCGGUGGCCUCGGGGAUAGCUUCUACGAGUAUCUGAUCAAAUCAUUUCUGAUGUCAGACAAGACAGACGACGAUGCGAAGAAGAUGUACUACAGCGCGCUGGAGGCAAUUGAAGCUAACCUGGUCCAGAAGUCACCUGGUGGUCUUACCUACAUGGCCGAGUGGAGGGGAGGGAUCCUGGAUCACAAGAUGGGCCACCUGGCCUGCUUCUCUGGGGGAAUGAUUGGCAUCGGGGCUGAUGAUGGAGCGCCGGAGAAGAGGCAACACUACCUGGACCUGGCUGCUGAGAUCACGCACACAUGCCACGAGAGCUACACUCGCUCAGCCACCAAGCUGGGACCUGAGGCGUUCAGAUUUGACGGCGGAAGUGAAGCCACAGCUACCAGGCUGAGCGACAGAUAUUACAUCCUACGACCAGAAGUAAUCGAGAGCUACAUGUACAUGUGGAGACUGACCCAUGACCCCAAGUACAGAGAGUGGGGCUGGGAGGCUGUUGAGGCCCUGGAGCAGCACUGCAGAGUGGAGUCUGGGUUCUCUGGGAUCCGUGAUGUUUACACCAUGACAGUCAGCCACGAUAACAUGCAGCAGAGCUUCUUCCUCUCAGAGACACUCAAGUAUCUGUACCUGCUCUUCUCUGAUGACGACCUUCUCCCCCUGGAGGACUGGGUCUUCAAUACAGAAGCCCAUCCACUGCCCAUCAUCCGCAAGAGCUGCAUGCAGGACAAAGCAACACAGGAUAAGACAGUCUCCGAAUAAACUACCACCAGAGACAGUUACAGACACCGAUUUGCACAGAUCUUGUGCACACAUAGUCACAAAUAUUGCAAACACCAAUUUAAUGCAGGUUCAAAGUCUUUUCAGGAGCGUGUUAUGGACUCUGAAUUCCUUUCCAGUAAAGGAUGUUGUCGUUUUACGCUGUGAUUGUACAUCCUUUAGCCGGGGUUAUUUCCUGCUGGCACUUAUUUUUUGUGGACAAUCAAGACAAACAUGACUUUCAUGAAAAGAGCACCUUUUUCUUUCCUUCUUUCCUCUGUGAGGAAACCAGUAUAACUUGCAGACCCAAAUGUAUUGGAGGAGGGUUGAACUAUGGGCCACAUCGAGAAUGAAUAGAGAGAAACAUAUAGAAAACCACUCGAGUUUUGCUUUUUAAUUUUGUUGUUUAGUUAAUCUUCAGUGAUGAAUGAUUUCUUUAUAUCUCGUCAUUGCAUUUUUUCCCCUUGUGAAUACACUCUUUGACCAAAGGUUUCUUUGCAUUUCAAUUUCUCUCAUUUUCCAGCAAUGUGUUUUUGGUGAGAUUUGGCAGAAACUAAAAUUUACUCAAGGGUUGAACUGUAAUGAAUAUUGAUUAAUGUACAGACAAAUGUGAUUCUCGAAUCCACCUCCAAACUAAUGUUGAUGUCAUGUUUCUUACUGAAACAAGCUUGAAUGAUGAUGAUUUUUUUCAAGUGAGGAGGUGUCAAGAAUGUGGCAGUGUCUUAUGCAUCCAGGGACCAUUUAUUAAAAAAAAAACCUUAUGUUGGGUUGUGUUUUCACUGUAUGUUUGGGUUGUUUUCUGAACAGGACUAUGCUUUCUCAGUCCUCUCAGCCUUUCAAAUGAAAGUAACAAAUGGAGUACUCUCAGUUCUGUGGCUGUAAUACACGCAUAAAAAGGAAAAUGAACGCAUUUGCUCGCAAGCUCCAAAUGGGUUUUCUCAUUUCUGUUGUCGUUUUUCUGCUUUCACCCUGCCUUUACAUGGGAAUCCAUACAGCUGCCAAUACUGACGUAAAAGGCAGUAAACCUGAGAGCCAACUGCGGAAAGAAGUUGUCAUUUUCAUCACUGUUUUGUUGUUUCCCCCCCCCCCCCCAUUUUCACUGCUGUCUUGCACAGUUGUGGAGCGAAUGUGCUGUACAUACAGAUGAAGUGACUGACCCCUGUAUGAGCUUGUCUUGACUUUAUUUUGUGAUCUUUUAUUUUUAUUUUCUAAACUUCAGUGGGUUAUUUCUCUUUUUAUUUGCUUCCCUCAGGUGUUUCAGUAAAAAAAACUAAAAAGUUCUGAUUUGAAGUCUAGUUAUUGCUGAUAUUGUUAUUACUUAUUCUUACUGUUUGAUUUAACUUUCAUUGUUGAAUAUUUUCAAAUACUGAUAAAAGACCUGUGCAACUUUGUACAUUUAAAACA